AUGGCUUCUGUUCCCGGUUCCGAUCACAGCCUGGUACCACUUCAAUUCGAUACUUAUCCCUUGGGAAACAUAAAGUCCAAUGGCUGGUUAGGAGAUCAAUUGCGACUUAGCGCAAAGGGCCUUGGAGGUAACUUGUUCUACUUCUAUCGAUUCAUCAAAGAAAGCACUUGGCUUGGAGGCACGUGGGAGUAUACCUCCUUGAACGAAGCAGCCCCGUACUGGUACAACUACAUUGUUCCCUUGGCAUACACGCUUGACGAGGUAUCAGAUCCGGAUUCGUUCGUCGAACUCAAGAAACAGGCAGAUUAUUUCCUUGAUUACAUAUUGUCUCAUCAAGCUGCCGAUGGCUGGCUUGGCCCAGAGACAACCGCCCAUACCCGCGGUAUCUGGGCCCGCUGUCUCUUACUUCAAGGCCUAAUAAAUCAUGCCAGCGCGGACUCAACAAAACGACAGGCUAUCAUGGAUGCGGUUAUACGUUUUGUUAGGCUAGCGCACGUCAUGCUUACAGAUAACUAUGCUGGGUACAUUUCACAGAAGGACGAUGUCUUCGACCUGCAACUUUUUGGGGCUGCCCGUGCCCACGAGCUAGCGCUGACGCUUCAGUGGCUUUACGGCCAGAGCGAAGAUACCGAAGACCGCAAGAUUAUCUGGGAAGUCAUGGAGAUGAUGUGGGAAGGAUCUCGAAUCAUGGAGAGAGAUUGGACUAUCUUCUUCGGAAAAGAUUUUCCACAAGAGCCGUCUGUCAGAGACAAGUCUCUGAAUUUCAAACAUGGUGUCAAUGUUGCGCAAGGACUUCGUUAUCCAGCUCAUCUUUAUCGAAUGCAUCCGUCUCCUGAGCUGGCGAACUUGUCCAGAGAUGCUGUUGCCAAGACCUUCAAGUAUCAUGGAACUCCAGCUGGAUCACUUAGCAGCGAUGAAUACAUCGGCGGCCUAUCUCCUCAACGAGGCUCCGAGCUUUGCUGCUCUGUCGAGCUCAUGUUCUCAUUGUCAUAUUUGUACCAACUCUUCGGGGACAAUGACUUGGCCGACCGCGUGGAACUGGCAGCAUUCAACGCUAUCCCAGCAGGAAUCAGUGCAGAUUGGUGGAGCCACCAAUACAUCACUCAGGUCAACCAGCCAUGGGCCUGCGAGUUGGAACCUACCAAAGGGGAGAAGACGCCAUUUUAUGACGUCUGCCGAUACGCCAACGUCUUUGGACUGGAGCCAGAAUUUCCGUGUUGCACUGUCAAUCACCCUACUGCAUAUCCUAAGAUGUUGAUGAACACAUUCCUCCGAAGUCGGACCAGAAAUGGCAUGCCUUCUGUUGCUCAUGUCCAUCUCAUCCCAUCCCGGCUGGACAUCGACGGGAUAAGCAUCAAUUGCGAAUCCAACUACCCCUUUGUUCCCUGCGCAAUACGUUACUCUAUCCAGACGAGCGAGGCCUUUGAGUUCCUCAUUCGAGUACCUCAUUGGUCAACAACCUCUUCGACUGUAGAGCUCUACGAAAGCGGAUCACUGUCUCGGUCAGAAACACAACGUUUUGGCUCGACUACGAGAGGUAGAGAUUCAGAAAACUUCCACGGUCUGGAGAUUCCCACUGCAGGCAGAUUCGACAUUUUUGUCACGCUGGAUGCGGAAGUGAGGAUCAUGGAGCACGACGACAAGUCCGUCAGCAUCUACCACGGCGCCUUGCUGUACGCCUUCGAGAUCGGCCACAAAACGCACACGAGACUACCACGCAACUACAAAGACCAAACUUCCGAUUGUACAGAAUUUGCAAACUUUAGCGAUUUGGAGGAAGAGCCAUGGAUGAAAGCCUGUCGUGAUCAUGAUUACCUUCCAAACUCUUGUUGGAACAUUGGAAUUGAUCCGAGCAGGGGCGUAAAGGUGGUCGUCAAGAGAGACCCAUGGAUGAAAGGAACUGAAAGACAAGUCACUGCUCCCCCAAAUCCACUUUGGGCUUCAGGAACUUCGCCCGUACAUCUUGAGGUCGAAGCUGCUUGGGUGGACUGGCCGGUUCGGAAUGGAACAGCGGCAGAUCCCAGUACAGUCGAUACAGCUUCGCAUGAAGAGACUUUUGUGGCUCGCCUAGUUCCAUACGGAACUGCAAAGCUACACAUAGCACAAUUUCCUGUGCUGAAGAGUAAGAAGGCUUGAUUGCUGGUAUUGGGGGAUCGCAUUGAGAAAUUGGGCCUGGAUUAGGUUCGUCGCUGAGCAUAACAAGAACUGUUACCUCGACUGGCUUGUGUACC